GCAAAACUAAAUCAGGAGCUUAUCAAGCGUCUCGUUUUGGAUAUUGAUGUUCGUUCAAGAAUUAGAUACUGUUUAUACAUUUGAAAACACAUUUUGCUUUUAAGGUCUUAUUGCUUUGAAAAAGUUCGAGAGCCCUGCGCCUCAGGAUGAGCGACAAAGCCAUUGUGCAGGAGAAUCGCCAGAAGGGUGAGGUCAAAACCCAGUUGCACGUACUUCUUUCAAAGCAAGUACUGAGUCAACUGUUCCCCAACACACAUGACAUGAAAAAUCUGCGCUCCCUCACCAUCGGGAACAUAUCCCAAGAAGUUCUGGAGAAGAUCUUCACGAACUGUGGGCAGCUGGAGAGUUUAAUUCUGUGGGAUAGGCUGGGUCCCGGGAUCCUUUACGAUAUACGGAAUAUAGGACUUUGCAGGAUGCUGAAAGUGCUUAUGCUGCCACUGGAAAUUGCGUCACCUCUGGCCGCCUGCCGCAUGGUGAACCUGACCCAUCUCACGCUGCAGCGCCAGAAUGUCUGUCCGGGAAUCGACUGGCUGUGCACUGUGAUAGCCAUCAUCCAGGCCAAGAGGUUCGACCUUCAAGAACUCAGCUUUGACGGGUCAUGGCUGGUGGCUCCUCUGGACCUCUUUCGGUUGGAUCUCGCCAGUUGUACUGCUCUUACGUACCUUAAACUGAGCAACUGCAAUCUGAGCGAGUUGAGUGGUCCGCCACUGCCCUUGACCUGCCAGAAGUUGGGCUUUCGGCGAUGCUCUGUGGUCAAGCUGCAGAGCUACAUAAGAACCCAUGCGCUUUUGCAGAAUCUCGAGGUGUUCGACUGCCAGGUGCUAUCGGGAGCUCCUCUGCUGCGGCGCAUUCUGAGCAUGAGGAAGCGCCUGACCGACCACGAACCUCUGCUACUGACCUUUAGCCAGUCCCACAAGCUGCGAUCGGAGUACACAAAGUGGACCCAGGAAGAUGUGAAUGCAAUUAGCAGGUGGCUGAAAGUGAAGGAACUGGAGCCCCAUCAGGCGGAUACUUGGAGCCAGCCACUCGGCACGGUGUCCAUGAACUUUUCCCGCUCCAUCAACUUUUUUCCCAACCUCUCACUCCCGGAGGAUAGUAUACUGAACGCGGCUGAUAUUGUCCAAAGGUUGGAUCCCUUGUAAGGAUAUUGAAUGGGAACGGCAGGCUUUGCAUGCAUUUUUAAUCAUUAAAGUCAAAAGUUUACCACACUUAUUGAAAUAUGAAAUGAAUGUAAUACAAUUUGACUGAUUUCAUUUUGUUAGCUGUUGAACGGUUAUGAAAGCUUUUGAUGCCGCUAGCCAAAUAUAUUUUGAGUACCGGCU